GGGUCGAGGUCGUCGUGGACGUGGUCUUAAACCACAUGGCGCGGCCCUGCUCGGCAGCACAGGGCGCCCCCCGGGGCACGCCUUGUGUUGGAUGGAAUGGAACCUCUUACGGCAAUCGGCGGACUGCAGGUGCUCGUGGCUGGGAUAUGGCCUCACCGCAGCAUUUCCACCACGGCGACAAAGAAAUUUGGGGCGAAUGUGGCGUUGGUCCAGACACAGGCUUUCUGUGUGGCUCACCUGUCACCACGGACUGCAGUUGCUGCCCCUGCGAUAUGUAUGGUUUGCCAGACUGGAACCUCGCGGUGAAGGCCGUGCAGGAAUCGCACACCAGGCACUUAGAAGAGUUGCAUCACAUGGGUGUAACAAUGCUCCGUAUUGACGCGGCCCUGUACAUGGAGCCAGAGUUGAUGUCCAGCAUUCUGAACCGCUUCCCAUGGGAUGUUGUGUACCAGGAAUGGUGGCACGAGCUUCCCUUGCCGGGUCGCACCGAUGUCUUUGGCUUGUACCGAGAUCUGAAGUUCAUGCGGGUCGAGGUCGUCGUGGACGUGGUCUUAAACCACAUGGCGCGGCCCUGCUCGGCAGCACAGGGCGCCCCCCGGGGCACGCCUUGUGUUGGAUGGAAUGGAACCUCUUACGGCAAUCGGCGGACUGCAGGUGCUCGUGGCUGGGAUAUGGCCUCACCGCAGCAUUUCCACCACGGCGACAAAGAAAUUUGGGGCGAAUGUGGCGUUGGUCCAGACACAGGCUUUCUGUGUGGCUCACCUGUCACCACGGACUGCAGUUGCUGCCCCUGCGAUAUGUAUGGUUUGCCAGACUGGAACCUCGCGGUGAAGGCCGUGCAGGAAUCGCACACCAGGCACUUAGAAGAGUUGCAUCACAUGGGUGUAACAAUGCUCCGUAUUGACGCGGCCCUGUACAUGGAGCCAGAGUUGAUGUCCAGCAUUCUGAACCGCUUCCCAUGGGAUGUUGUGUACCAGGAAUGGUGGCACGAGCUUCCCUUGCCGGGUCGCACCGAUGUCUUUGGCUUGUACCGAGAUCUGAAGUUCAUGCGUCGUGUGAGCGAAUUCUUGGCUGUGCAGGACAUCUCAAGGACCCAGGAGGUCUUAGACGUGGACCGCGGAGAUUUCUACAUCCACCCCGUGGAAGCGGUCUAUCCAACCUGCUUUCAUGAUGGUCGCAGUGACGGAGCGGAUCCUGCGAUACCAACCUUCAAGAACGGCUUGGCGUUUCACCAGCAGCAGCUCUUUCUGUUAGCCUCGCCCUUUCCCGUCACCGUGGUACUCUGGGGCGGCUAUGCCUGGCGUAGUAUCGACGAUGGCCCGCCCGGCUGCGAAGGCGGCCAGAGCCAUUGUGCCGCCACGUCGCCGCACUCAGAGGGAUGUCGGGCCACGCCCACUUUGUCACCGUCGCCACCAUUGGAGGAGUUCACAGCACGGCCCUGGAUCUGCGAACACAGGUGGCAAGGCGUCGCCGGCUUGUUGCGCUUCCGCGCCAGUUGCCGCCACGCCGAGACGCGGCGAUGGACGCCAGGUGGUCCCGAGCAUCUGCGUCUGGGCCACCUGGCCUUUCGUUUGGGCAGCCGAUGCUUUGUGGCUCUGGCGCGAGGCCGGCGUUGGAGAUAUAUUUUAUGGCGAUGUUUCAUGGGAUUUAUAUAUAUAUAUAGUUAG